AUGUGUGAAAAAUCCCCUCGGUCUUAAUUUGCAUUCCUGACACGUGUUACCUCCAAAUAUAAAUAAAGCAGUGCCAAAUUAAUCAAUUAAAGCGCGUCAGUAGUUGAGGCCGUUCGUUUCAUCUUUCCCCUGUGGCGCCUUCCCCCCUUUUCACUUCCAACUAUAAAACCAUAAUCCAAACCUUCCAUUUCCCCUAAACUUUCCGCCAUUUUCACACACCUUAAUUUUCUCUCUAAACCUGGUGAGAAUCGCGACUGUGAAUUUUCUAACAAUGGAACCAGGUGAAGGUCCGGCGCGUCUCUCAAUGUCGCCGACUUUUAGUAGCUAUUCUUCAGGUAGUUGUAGCCUUGCUGAAAUUGCUGCUAGAGUUGUUCGAGAAGUUGGAGAAGAACCGUUUGCAGAUGCUGAUAAUUACGGCUGGGAGGCUCAAGGUUCGGUUUACCGUUUCCGAGAAAACUUGUCCAACGGCUCUGUGUCGGAAGGAGUUAGAAGUAAUGACGGUGGUAAAAAUGGUGAUGAUGAUGAAGAAUUCGAGUUUGCUGUUCUCAGAGAACCAGAUGCGCCUACGAGUUCUGCUCAUGAAAUCUUUUAUAAUGGACAAAUCAAGCCGGUUUAUCCGGUAUUCAACAUGGACUUACUGCUAGACAACGGCUCGCCGGUAGACAACGGAUUGGAGAAGUUGAAGAAGAAACCGGCUGUGCGUCGUUUACCGUUGAGGAAAUUGAUGAACGAGGAGCGUAAACUAACGUCGUUCUCCUCAUCUGGAGCGGACGAUCUAGGAGGCGUUCCAUUGGAUACGUAUUGCGUUUGGUCUCCAAGCCCUGAGAAAAAAUCCACAGGAAAAAGAAAUAAAACAAUUUCUACAGCAUCGUCAAACAGGUGGAAAUUUAGGGAUCUUCUAUACAAUAACAGUCGAAGUAAAAGUGAAAGAGAGGAUAAACUUACGAAGAGGAAGUCGAGUAUUAUGAAGAACAAUGAAACUGGAAAUGUAUCGAAGGAAAAGGAAGAUUAUAGAUCUGGUUUCUUCACAUCUUUCUCUGCACAGAACAGUCAUUAUGGAAGGAACAGAUCGGUGAAAGAACCGGAAAAGAGAAGAUCCUACUUGCCAUACAGAGAACAUUUAGUAGGCUGUGUGGCUGAUGCCAAAGGAAGAAUAUAGAAUUUGCUUCCAAUUUGUGAAGAUUUGUUUGUGGAUGAAUUUCUGAAGCACAUAACUGUGAUUCAAAAAGAACUGAAAAAUUGUGUAGUUUCCAAUCAGGUUUAAAUUAGUUGGUAUUUAAUCUAAGCGCCAUUUAUCUGGAGAGAAUAAAGAAUAAAGAUCUUCCAUCUUCCAAGAAAUGAUUGGGCCAGGUGUCAUGCUUUAGAACAACAUUUCACAAAAAAGAAAGAGAAAUGAGCAAAUGGGAUUUUUAGGGAAAAAAGAAGAGAGAAAAAUUGGAGGGAAGAAUUUUGAUUUAGAAAUUCUUACCUUUUGUAGUGGGAAAAGUUGCUUGUUAAGAACUUGAGUGGGUGUGUUAGUGUUAGAUUAGAUAUUAUAAAUAUAAAGCUAAGUAGCCAUACUUUCAGACUCAGCAGAAUAUUUCCUUUUAUCUGAAUCCUUUUUUUUUUUUUUUUGACCUUUUCUAAUAUUUCUAUGUUUUGAUAUUCUAUUCUUUUUACUGUUCAACUAGUAUUUGAUGGUUUUCUUCCUUUCUUUUUUCCUACUAGUGAUAUUCAACAGAAAGUGGAAUUGUGUGGUUUAAAUUUUGAAUUAAAACUUGUUUGAUAGUCCUUUUUGUAGUCUACCUUUACAAAAACAAAAGCAAGUUUUGAAAACUAAAAAGAAGGGAAAAGAAAUGCUUGUUUUUAGUCUUAGGAUUAGAUUAAGAGAUUCCUAAAUUUCUUUUUUCAUAAAAGAUCAAUGAAGGAAAUUGCUAUUUCAAAACUGCAUUGGUGCCUAAUGCAAGUUAUUGUUAAUUUUAUUACAAAAUAUUUUAAUAAGGAAACCUCCUAACACGUCAAGGAAGAAGAAACUGAAAUACUACUAAUCACUUUGACAAUAAUCUUUUACUAUUAUUAUUAUUAUAUUUUUAGCACUUUACCACGUUAUAAAAGGUGGGGGUGGGGUUGAAUUGAGACCAUGAUUAGAAAUUUUUUGUUAUCAUGGAGAUUACUAAUAGCUUUGCUUAUUUGUCUUGAUUGGUCAUUUUAUACAUGUUUGGGAGUUGUUUGAAAAUGAAUAUACCAUGUUUUCAAAUAUAGUAAAAUAUCAUUAGUAGAUGCUAAUAGACACUAAUAAAUUACUAUCAUAUAGUAUUGAUAGUAGUAUUGAUAGACACAAGAUUUGGUAUAGACUCGAGAUCCUCUCAACUCUAUCGUUUUUAUAAUAUAUAUAAAUAUAUAAACUAUUUAAUUCUUAAUAUUUGUAUAAUUUAUUUUUCAAAACUUUCUUUUCUAUUCAAAUUACAACUUUACAACUUUUCGAUUUCCAUCAAGAAAUAAUAAUUAUACAUUUUAUGCACCUACCAUAAAUCUAUUCAACUAUAUUUAUUUUAUUAUUUUUUAUUUUUAUAAAACUUCAACGAUUUUUUCUGCUUCUUCAACAUCUUCUCAAAACAUGGAAGGUAAGUUUUCAUUUAUUUGUUUUUCUUUUUGUUUGUAACUUA